AUGAAUGAGACGGAACUUAGUAAACAAAUGUUUUCUUGCUAUGUGAUUAAAAUGAGUGGUUAGUUGAAUCAAUUUUACAACUAUUAAAUAUUUGAAAAAGAUAAAAAAAUUUCAGAAUUACUUAGAGAAUUAAAAUAAAUCAAUAAUGAAAUUUAAAAAUUAAAAGCAACAAUAUCAUUUUAAAUUUCACUUGCUAUGGUAUAGAAUUUAACAAUUCAUUAAUAAGAAUAAGAAAUUGAUAUAUAGAAAUUGAAAAAGGACUUAUUGUAAAAUUUAGCAGAUAAAGUUAAAUAAACAAUAGGAGCAGAAGCAUAAUUUAGAAAAGAAUUAGAGCACUUAAGAGCUGAAAAUUAAGUUUAUUGAUAGCUUCUGGGUUUUACUCCUAGUUUAGAAAAUUAAGGUGAAUAUUAAAAUGACCCUCAUUUAGUGCUGUUAAAAGUUAUAUAAAAUAUCCAAUUAAACCUCAGAACUUAAAAUUCGAUAUUUGUAAAAAAUGCAAUAGAGAAUUUCAUCAAUACCGCUCUUGUUUUAAUUCAUUUUAUUCUUUGUAUGAUAAAUUAUGC